AUGUCGCCGGGGACGUCCGGGGGCAGCGGGCUUUGCCGCGGUUCUGCCGUUUGGGCCGCUGCCCCAGGCUCUCCCCCGACCCCACCACCCUCAGCCAGAGCCACCCUCGGGCGGGACGCGCCGGUCCCGCUAUUUAUGGAAGUCUUAAAAAUAGCAGGAAAGAAGUUAGAUGAAUGUGAAAAUAGAGAAUUAUAUUUCUAUGAAGAUAUGAGAAACAGAACAUUUGAAACGCUACAGCAUGAGAUAAAUUAUCUUAAAGAUACAUGGGAACCUAUACAAUGCAAAUAUCUACAUCAAGAUAUAAACAUUCAGUUGACUGAGCAAGAAUUGUUAAAAAUAAAAUCAGAACAAGAGAAUUAUGAACACCUACACCAGACUCAAGGCAAUGUGGAAAAGGAAGUGCUAACUCUCAGAGGGCUGGUUCAAGAGAGUGUGACACAAGCAGAAGAGGAAAAAAAAUUAGAGAAAGCAAGAGAGAACAACAAUGAUUCAAGAAUGAGUCAAAUCAUUCUCAGAGUCAAAAGUUUAGAAUCAAGACUUCCUGAGAUAAAAAGCCAUGUGGAUUCUACGAGAAGAGAAAUGGAAAAACAUAAACAACUCUAUGUAGAAGAAAAUAAAAGCAGAAAAUCACUUUUUAAUACAUUAAGCAAGUAA